AUGUCCUCAUUUACGCCCUACACCUAUUUUCAAUGUCCCUGUACCGAAGCCUCUCUGCCUAACCACCGAAACCCCUCACAAGAAGAGCCAUCCUCCUCAGACGAUGACCGAACAUUCGAUCCGCGAGCUCCACGAGCAAACUAUAGCUUAUACCCCCUCGAACACUUAUUCUACUGUGAAGACUGCCACCAGAUCCGAUGUCCGAGAUGUGUAUUAGAUGAGAUCGUGACAUGGUACUGCCCGAAUUGUCUCUUUGAGGUGCCGAGCAGCAGUGUCAAGGCGGAAGGAAAUAGAUGCACGCGCAGUUGUUUCCAAUGCCCAGUAUGCAUCGCACCUCUCUCCGUCAGCAGCCUCGAAGCUCCACCUACCGGUCUAGGAUAUGAAUACGCACCCCAAAAUGGCCCUUUCGUCCUGAACUGCGGAUACUGCUCUUGGAGCUCCAAAGAAACCGGAAUAGAGUUCGAAAAGCCGAAUGGGAUAUUCGCACAACUGGCAAGGGUCAAGAAUGGAGGAGAACCGAUACUCACAGCGAAAGAACGAAAGAAGGAUCGUGAGAGGAAGAGGGAUUUCUCUGGUACUUCUGCAGAGAAGGAGAGGGAAGAGACGCCUGAGGUUGAAAUACCCAGGGAGCCUUUGGAUCCAAAUGAGAAGCUGGAUCCCGAGAGUCAAUUUUCGAAUCUGAAGGCGUUCUAUCAGGGCCAGCUUGCAGAAGCUUCUCCUGCGUCGGCGUUGGGAUUUACUGGGGAUUAUGGCUAUGGUUCUCCAGGAGCUUUGUCACGGAUCAUGGGUCUAUAUACAGGAAGCACGGCGUUUGAUAAGAAGGUCAAAGCUAAAGCGGGCACUAUGCGAGAAGCUCAAGAUGCGCUCGAAGGCCUUCAGCUCACUACUAUAUCUGAGGAAGAGGAAGCUCUCACAAAGCUACGUACUGAAGGCUGGCACUGCACAUCAUCCGCUUCCCAACGAGCAGAGUUCCUCAACACCAACGCUCAAUUCAUCACCGAGUUACGACCCGUAGCCUAUCUCCUCCGAACGAAACGCUCAAAACGCUGCAGGACGUGUCGUCACAUUCUCUCCAAACCUGAAAGCAAAGUCUCCACAAUACGCUUUAGGAUCCGUCUUGUAGCUUUGAACUACAUACCAUCCAUCUCCAUAAAGCCUCUGCAACCAACAUCUUCUGCAUCCUCACUGCUUCAGCCCAUGAGACCGGUACAAUUCCUGCUAACCUUCAAGAAUCCACUGUUCGAUAGCGUGAAAGUCACAUUAGCAACCCCGACCAAAACCCCAGGCCGAUUCGCAAGCAAAGUCACCGUCCUGUGUCCACAAUUCGAAGUAGGAGCCAACACAGACGCCUGGGACGAAGCGCUCCGUGAAGGUACGGGCGAGAAGCGCCGCACGAAGGCAGAAGCCAGUGAAGGACAGCAUCAAGCUGAAGCUGGGAAGGUGUGGGAAAGAGGCAGGAAUUGGGUUAGUGUUGUAGUUGAAGUUGUACCUGCGUCGUUACAUAUUGGUGGUCCGGAGUUCUUGAAGAACGAGGAAAUGAAGGAUGACGAGGGUCCGUUGAAGGAGGAUGAGGAUGUGUGUGAGAUUCCGGUGUUUGUGCGGGUUGAGUGGGAGGCCGAUGCGGCGCAUGAUGAGAGUGGGUUGGGAGGAGGGGGGAGUAAGGAGAAGGAUGUUAGGGAGAAGAGGGAGUUGGCUUAUUGGUGUGUGCUUGGUGUUGGGAGGAUUGCUAAAGUGUAA